GAUUAACCCUGAUCUUAACAUAAAUCCAAAAAUCUCCUCCCGUCCCGUCCCUUCCCCGGGUGUUUUUUUUUUAACCCGCCUCUUAACAGCCAGCAAGACAACCGCAACCGCAGCUGCCACUGGUAGAGCAACACGCGCAGCGACGCGGGGCGGAGGAGCGGCGCCGGAGCUAGGGUUUCCGCUCCGAUCCGGCGGGGCCGGGGAGCGGGGGCGGAACCGGCCGUGCGCGGGAGGCGGGUGCGUCGGUGUCCCCGGGAGGGCCGGCGGGCGCGAGGCGGGCCGGGGGAUCUGGGGCGCGGCGCGGGGGUGCGCUCAGAUCUGGGAUGGCCGACGGCGGCGAGGACGGGAAUGCGGCGCUGCACAGGGCCCCGUCCCGGCGGCGGGGACCCGUGCGGGCCAGCCUCGACGCCGACGAGUUCCUCGCGCUGAUACACGGCUCGGAUCCCGUCAGGGUCGAGCUCACCCGCCUCGAGAACGAGCUGAGGGAUAAGGAGAGGGAGCUCGGGGAGGCGCAGGUGGAGAUACGCGCCCUGCGGCUGUCGGAGAGGGCGCGGGAGAAGGCCGUCGAGGAGCUAACAGAUGAAUUGCAGAAGAUGGACGAGAAACUCAAGCUGACAGAAUCUCUCCUAGAAAGCAAAAAUCUUGAAGUUAAAAGGAUAAAUGAUGAGAAAAAGGCUGCAUUGGCUGCUCAGUUUGCAGCAGAAGCAACUUUGCGAAGAGUACAUGCAGCCCAAAAGGAUGAUGACAUGCCGCCAAUUGAAGCCAUUCUUGCUCCACUUGAAGCUGAACUAAAGCUUUCUCGGCAGGAGAUUUCAAAUCUCCAGGAUGACAACAGAGCAUUGGAUCGUCUAACAAAACAAAAGGAGGCAGCGCUGCUAGAAGCAGAGAGGACUGUGCAAAUUGCUAUGGCAAAAGCUGCUAUGGUUGAUGAUUUGCAAAACAAGAACCAAGAGUUGAUCAAGCAAAUUGAGAUAUGCCAUGAAGAAAAUAAGAUCUUGGACAAGUUGCAUCGUCAAAAGAUUGCAGAAGUUGAAAAGCUUAGCCAGACUGUGAGAGAUUUGGAAGAGGCUGUACUUCAAGGUGGUGUAAAAGCUAAUGUCGUUCGAGAUUACGAGCGCAGAUUUCAAGAAAUGAGUGAAGAAAAGAGAACACUUGACCGUGAACUUGCACGUGCUAAAGUUACAGCAAAUAGGGUUGCUACUGUUGUUGCCAAUGAGUGGAAAGAUUCUAAUGACAAAGUGAUGCCAGUCAAACAGUGGCUUGAAGAACGUAGGUUCUUGCAGGGGGAAAUGCAACAACUUCGUGAUAAGCUUGCGGUUGCAGAACGUGCAGCACGAUCUGAAGCUCAACUAAAGGAAAAAUAUCAGUUACGUCUGAAAGUAUUAGAAGAUGGACUAAGGGGGCUUCCAAGUGGCUCUAGUCGUCCACCUACCGAAGGGAAGAGCUUUAGCAAUGGCCCUUCCCGCCGGUUAUCACUUGGUGGAGCUGAUAAUAUGUCUAAAUUGUCACCAAAUGGCCUGUUGUCGAGGAGGUUGCCAUCUUUUCAUUCAAGGUCAUCUCUUUCAUCAAGCAGCAGCUUGGUCCUAAAGCAUGCUCAAGGCACUUCGAAGUCAUUUGAUGGAGGAUCUAGGUCACUAGAUAGGGGAAAGGUCCAUGGGAAUGGAGCUCAUUUACUCAACAGAUCUACAGACGCUGUUAGAGAUAAGGAGAGUAACGACAGUUGGAAGGGGAAUGCAGAUGAGAGAGCUGAUGAGAGCACAGACAGCAAUGCAGAUGAGAAAAGUAAUGAAACCACAAAUAACAACUCAAGUGAGACGGUCUCUGGUUUCCUGUAUGAUAUGCUGCAAAAAGAGGUGAUUUCUUUGAGAAAGUCAUGCCAUGAAAAGGAUCAGAGUCUAAAAGAUAAGGAUGAUGCUAUUGAGUUUUUAACAAAGAAAGUAGACACCUUAAACAAAGCAAUGGGAGUGGAGGCUAAAAAGGUGAGACGAGAGGUUGCAGCCAUGGAGAAAGAAGUUGCAGCUAUGCGUGCCAAUAAAGAACAAGAAAUUAGAGCCAACCGGCUUGGUACAAAAAACCCUGGAAGUUCACAGCUGCUUCCUGGAAGAAACGCACCACGAAGUGGGUCGAUGCGCAACUUCCAGUGACGGCAGCACUAACACCAGGCAGCAUUCUUGGAUAGUUCCACCCAGUAUUUCUUUCAUUCCUAUCCUAUGAAUUUUGUGGCUAAAAUCAUAGCACAGAUGAGAUGACCCUACAAUACCAAGAUCAGGGUAAGAGUAGGCUCGGAUCAGAUGCGGCCAUUGCAGGAGUGGACCUGAGGUGUCUAACCUUGCGGGUUGUGGCGCGUGCUGCCGCCCUCUUGUUUCGUUUAGUCCAGGCAGCGCAUCUGAUGCUUGUAUAGGCUGGGCGAUCUUGGCAUGUCUUAUCUUGCGGUUCUGCAGGAAUCCUGUUGCCCAGGUUGUGAAUAUUCAAUAUUGUAUCCUCACAUAUUUGUUGCCGCUGCUCUAAUUGCUCUGUGUGACCACUGCGUGCUUCAACAACUUUCGCAGAUGAACAGUGCGUGUUUGUCCGAAGCCAAACAAUGCCAAAUCUUAGAUACACCACAAUUUCAAGG